AUUAUGUGGCUCGUAGCUGUAGUAACGUCCCUGUACGAAUAAACAACCCAAUAUUUUGUUGUCAAUAUGGAAGAGAGGAGAUCACUGUACAAUGUGAUUAAAGAGAAUUUAGCGGCAGCUGGAAGAAGAACCUUUCUGCAUCGCAUGAUUUAUAUUGGGCGCCAUAAUUUUGAAGACCAGCAAGCCAUUACACAAUUCUUUGAGGCAACAAUAAAAACAAUUAAUGGUGGAUACUGUGAUGAGCCUCUUACUGGAUUGUUUUUGUGGUACAAUGACUACUUCAUCCAUGUUCUUGAGGGAUCAGAAGAAACACUCAACAGACAUCUGAAGUUUUUGCUGAAACAGAUAGAGGCCAGUGUAAUUGCAAUCAGUGCUAUGAAGAUUCUUCUCAUGUAUCAUCAUAUUAAACAGCGAUUCUUUCAACAAUGGAUUGCAAGGCCAGUGAAUGCUCAUUUUUUACCUGAGUGUAUUUCACUGGAUUGUGAUAGGGACAAAACAGCCCAAUUACUACAGACAUGCGUUGGGAAACUUUAUCAGCUUGCCGAAUUACUCCAAAAGCAGACUGUGUGUGGACUGCAACUCAUCUUAGAUCAUUUGUCUGAACGUGUUCCACAUUUAUUACCAGAAAUGGAACUUAUGGAAUUUCUGCUCUCUGUCUCUUGGCUUCAUGAUCCUCAAUAUCUCAUCUCUCAUUAUGCAACCUUACCAUGUACUGUUCCUGAUACAGAGCUUGAGUUACCUGCAGCCACAGAUUUUGUCCCAUAUAAUGUACUCUACACUACACCUGAAGCACAGGAUUAAGAACCAUUUCGGGAGAGUCUUUCACUUAGCUGUAGAUUGUAGACACUGACAGCAGAGACAUUUGUGGUGCUUAAUAAGAAGAGAGCUAGAAGAUCUAAAAAUCGUCAGUAAAUGGUUGGUGUGGUAAUCCAGUGAUGUGAAAGAGAUCCUCAGUGAGUGUUUACUGUGAAAUACAGGCCUAGUGCUAACUUUUUGUGUUUAAUACUUAUACUAAGAAAAAUGGGAACUAGUAAAUCUUGUUGCUGUCUAAACCACUCUGACAACU